GCGGGGCGUUCUGGCCGCACAGCAGGUCGGCGCCUCCUCCGAGAGCCGCGCGCGGAGGCUGAGGCGCGGGUCGAGGCGGCUGGGCCCUGGGCUCCCCCGGGCAGCGCCGGCCGAAGACUCAGGUGGGAGGCCAGAGGCCCGGGAGAGAAAGUCAGACUAAUUUGCAUUAGAAAAAAGCUCCGAGGGAAGACCGCCUAGGGCCGAGGAGCGAGCUCUCCAUUCUCCAGCUCUCAGCCCUACUAAUCAAGGUUUCACUGAACUAUACCAGAUCUCUCAUCUGGGGACCUGUCCCCGGCCCUUUGUGCUGCACAUUGGAUUUGGAAGACGAAAAAAACAGUAUGUAUGUGUGACUGUCAGAUCAGUAAAAGAGAAACGGACAUGAGUUGACAAAAGAUGGAAAGGCAUUAAGGAGGAGACAUAGAACCAAGGUCACCAGGAAUUUCCCUCAUGGAGAUGUAUGAACGUCAAUUCUGAACCAUGGGAGAAUUUAAGGAGUAAUCAAAUUGACGCUCAGGCAAUGCUUGUCUCCUGCUGUUGAUGCAUAAUCUCAGAGGACUAUGGAUCAUGCUGAAGAAAAUGAAAUCCUCACAGCAAGCCAGAGGUACUAUGUGGAAAGACCUAUCUUUAGUCACCCGGUCCUCCAGGAAAGACUGCACAAGAAAGACAAGAUUUCGGAUUCCAUCGGGGAUAAGCUGAAACAGGCAUUCACGUGUACUCCUAAGAAGAUACGAAAUAUCAUUUAUAUGUUCCUGCCCAUAACUAAGUGGUUGCCAGCAUACAAGUUCAAAGAGUAUGUGUUGGGUGACUUGGUCUCAGGCAUAAGCACAGGGGUACUUCAGCUUCCUCAAGGGUUAGCCUUUGCAAUGCUGGCUGCUGUGCCUCCCGUGUUUGGCCUGUACUCUUCAUUUUACCCUGUUAUCAUGUAUUGUUUCCUUGGAACUUCCAGACACAUAUCCAUAGGUCCAUUUGCUGUGAUUAGCCUGAUGAUUGGCGGUGUGGCUGUUAGAUUAGUCCCUGAUGAUAUAGUCAUUCCAGGAGGAGUAAAUGCGACCAAUGGCACAGAGGCAAGAGAUGCCUUGAGAGUGAAAGUCGCCAUGUCUGUGACCUUACUUUCAGGAAUCAUCCAGUUUUGCCUAGGUGUCUGUAGGUUUGGAUUUGUGGCCAUAUAUCUCACAGAGCCCCUGGUCCGUGGGUUUACCACCGCGGCAGCUGUGCAUGUCUUCACCUCCAUGUUAAAAUACUUGUUUGGAGUGAAAACAAAGCGGUACAGUGGGAUCUUUUCAGUGGUGUAUAGUACAGUUGCUGUGUUGCAGAAUGUUAAAAACCUCAACGUGUGUUCUCUAGGCGUCGGGCUGAUGGUUUUUGGUUUGCUGUUGGGUGGCAAGGAGUUUAAUGAGAGAUUUAAAGAGAAAUUGCCGGCACCCAUUCCUUUAGAGUUCUUUGCGGUGGUGAUGGGAACUGGCAUUUCAGCUGGGUUUAACUUGAAAGAGUCAUACAACAUGGAUGUCGUCGGGACACUUCCACUGGGGCUACUACCUCCAGCCAACCCGGACACCAGCCUCUUCCACCUUGUGUACGUGGAUGCCAUCGCCAUAGCCAUUGUUGGAUUUUCAGUGACCAUAUCAAUGGCCAAGACCCUGGCAAAUAAACAUGGCUACCAGGUUGAUGGCAAUCAGGAGCUCAUUGCCCUGGGACUGUGCAAUUCCAUUGGCUCACUCUUCCAGACUUUCUCCAUUUCGUGCUCCUUGUCUCGAAGCCUUGUUCAGGAGGGAACCGGAGGCAAGACACAGCUUGCAGGUUGUUUGGCCUCACUAAUGAUUCUGCUGGUCAUAUUAGCCACCGGAUUCCUCUUCGAAUCAUUACCCCAGGCUGUGCUGUCGGCCAUUGUGAUUGUCAACCUGAAAGGAAUGUUUAUGCAAUUCUCAGAUCUCCCCUUUUUCUGGAGAACAAGCAAAAUAGAACUGACCAUCUGGCUUACCACUUUUGUUUCCUCCUUGUUUCUGGGGCUGGACUAUGGUCUGAUUACAGCUGUGAUCAUUGCUCUGCUAACUGUGAUUUACAGAACACAGAGUCCCAGCUACAAAGUCCUUGGACAGCUUCCCGACACGGAUGUGUACAUUGAUAUAGAUGCCUAUGAGGAGGUGAAAGAAAUUCCUGGAAUAAAAAUAUUCCAAAUAAAUGCUCCAAUUUAUUAUGCAAAUAGCGACUUGUAUAGCAAUGCUUUGAAAAGAAAGACUGGAGUGAACCCAGCAGUCAUAAUGGGAGCAAGAAGAAAGGCCAUGAAGAAGUAUGCCAAGGAAGUUGGAAAUGCAAAUGUGGCCAAUGCAACUGUUGUCAAAGUGGAUGCAGAAGUGGAUGGAGAAGAUGCCACGAAACCCGAACAAGAGGAUGAUGAAGUAAAAUAUCCCCCAAUAGUCAUCAAGAGCACUUUCCCUGAAGAACUGCAAAGAUUUAUGCCCCCUGGGGAUACCAUCCACACCGUCAUUCUGGAUUUUACCCAAGUCAAUUUUAUCGAUUCCGUUGGUGUCAAAACCCUGGCUGGGAUUGUAAAAGAAUAUGGAGAUGUCGGUAUUUAUGUGUAUUUAGCAGGAUGCAGCGCACAAGUUGUAAACGACCUCACUCAAAAUCGAUUUUUUGAAAACCCUGCGUUAAAGGAGCUGCUGUUCCACAGCAUCCACGAUGCAGUCUUAGGCAGCCAACUUCGGGAAGCACUGGCUGAACAAGAAGCCUCGGCUCUUCCUCCCCAGGAGGACUCCGAGCCCAACGCCACUCCCACCACUCCCGAAGCGUAGAUGAGGAACUCAGCUGGGAUGGGCUAUGGGCCUCUCAUGAAAUUGCUCAUUGUUACAAAUUUUAAGUACUAGACAUUAGAUUGGUUUUCUAAGGGUAUCAUUAGAUUUCUCUCCUAGCAGUCAAGGCUUGAUUUGGAGGGUGAAUGACGCGUAGCAAGAUGUAUCUUACUUGUGUUUUUAUUUUUAAUGGAAUAUUUCAAAGAUAAAUUGUCCUCUCGGCUGCAUCUAUUGUGCAGUGACAUUUCUGUUACUCUUUAGUAUUAACUUCAUAAACUGAGCAUUUAAGAAGUUAUUUCCUUUAAGUAACUUCACCUACAGAUCAGAUAUGCUGUCCUCAGAUGGUUAGUGGCUCCUUGCUCUUGAAAUUGUUGAUUUACAGGAUUUUUGUAAUCAGAGUUAUCUAACAGAAGGAGCGAACCCACAAUUUUUUAGAAGUUCUUUUAAAAUUACCUUUUAUUAUCAAAGAACAAUCAAAAGAUUAGAAAAAAUAGAAGAAAAACAUUAUAUUACUACCACCCAAAGAUUAUCAGUAACACUUGAAUGCGUCUCUUUCCACAUCUUUUUCCGUGCAUAUAUAUUUUUAUCUUUUAACCAAAGUAAGGUCAUAUUCAACAUAGUGUUCUGUAACCCAUUUUUUCCACAUCAGUAAUCCUUGCUUUCUCAUUCCAGAAUACUUUCACCUCAGACUAUAUUCAAAUUUCCCAUCAUCCUCAAAUUUGUAGUUGGUCUGUCCAAACUAGUAUUCAUUCUGUGACCUAACACUACAGCUGGUCAUGUCCUUUCAAGUCCCUUAAGUCUAUCUGAAUCCAGCAUCAUCCCUUUUAUGACCGUGAGUUAGAUUGGGGCAGUUGUCCUUAGAAUCCCAUCUGGUUUUUUCAAAGUGUUAUUUCUUUUGUCCCUUUAUUUCCGGAACUACCUGUAAUCUAAAAGUUCUAUCUAAAAGUUUCAUGGAUUUAAAUAAAACUUUUUUUUGCUAGAAUAUAUCAUAGAUGAGACAUAUGCUUCAAAUCUCAUCACAUCAGAAAACACAUAACAUCUAGUUGACCUACAAUUAAUGAUGCGGAGGUAGAUCCCUGGAUUGACAGGACGGCCUGAUACCCCAUUUAGGUUUUCCCUUUGUGACUAGUGAGUUACUUUAUGGUGUUCCUUUGGCAUUGAACGAAUACCCGGUUUCCCAUUAGCCAUUCACCCAGGGGUUUUAACAUCUGGUGAUAAUCCUUGCCCAAAUCAAUAAUUUUAUUGUUUGUGAUUUUUUUCUAAUUCUCUCAUUUCUUCAGCAUUUAUCAGUUGGUGUUUCUUUGUAAACUACAACUAUUCCUCCUCCACUUCAGUUGUCUGGUCAUCCUUAAAUACAUCUCUUACUGGAAAAGGCAGGUUAGAUGUUUUUUCUGUUUAAUUAUCAACUUCAAAGUAAGGAGUCAGUUUAACAUGACAAAUUAGGUUCUUUUACAUCUCUCUUUUUUUUUUUGGCAUAUUAUAGGCUCAUGAAUUUUUAUAGUUUGAGUGUUCUUCAGUCCAUUAUAAUUGUUCUUUUUUGCUGUUCAAAUUGUCACAACUGUGACCACAAGUUUUGUUGUUGCUGAUAGUAAGGUAACCUUAAGAAAGCUGACUCUUAUGUAUAAUUUAGUAUCUUCUUGGAAGUCCAUAAGAGUUAUCAGUUAAUUCUUCAUCAAACCCAGAGUUAAGCCUAUGAUUAAGUUAAAUGCCUAUUUGAGGCACUCUUUAUAGUUGUCCAAAAGGAGUUGGGGAGAACUUCAAGCCAAUUUGUCAUCAAAAGGUCUUGUUCUUGUAGUUCCAACUACCUCCUUAUUCCAGAUCAAAGCACAAGUUUUAGCUAACCUGCCUAAAGCCUCCUCUGCUGAGAUUUCCUGCUAAUAGUUUGUGGUUCUUUUUUAAGAUUUUACUUAUGUAUUUAUUUAUUUGAGAGAGAACGUGAGAGCAGGAGCAGAAGAAGCAGAGGGAGAGGGAGAAGCAGGCGCUCCCCUGCUGAGUAGGGAACCU